GUUCGGGAUUGAGUCUGCGCUGUACUAUUUUUUUUUCACCCUGGAAAGAAUUUGAGUGCCCUUGCGGUCUUACAAGCUGUCCAUCUUCUGAAGAACUUUUUGUUCCUGUACUCCCUCACUUGCCUCUUUCUCUAUACAACUUCAUUCAGACAGCACAUUUAGCAACAAUGAGCGGUCAAAACGAAGAUACCCGCGUCCUGGGUUACGACCCUCUGCUUUCGCCUGAGUUUGUUCAGUCCGAGAUUCCUUCUAACGAGCACUCCAUUCCUACGGUCCGCUCUGGCCGCAACCAGGCUGUCGAAAUUAUUGAACAGCGCGAUGACCGCCUUCUAGUGGUCGUUGGCCCUUGCUCCAUCCACGAUCCCGAAACCGCCCUCGAAUAUGCCACUCGUCUUAAGGAACUUGCUGCUCGUCUCUCCUCCGACCUCUGCGUCAUCAUGCGCGCCUACCUCGAAAAGCCCCGCACAACAGUUGGAUGGAAAGGUCUGAUCAACGACCCUGAUAUUGACGAGUCCUACCAGAUCAACAAGGGUCUCCGCGUGUCCCGCAAGCUCUACGCCGACCUCACAGGCAUGGGCAUGCCUAUUGCCAGCGAGAUGCUCGACACCAUCUCCCCGCAGUACAUGGCUGACCUGAUUUCCCUCGGUGCCAUUGGUGCCCGCACCACCGAGUCGCAACUGCACCGUGAGCUUGCCUCCGGUCUCAGUUUCCCCAUCGGUUACAAGAAUGGCACUGACGGCAACCUGACCGUUGCCAUUGACGCGAUCGGCGCUGCUGCCCACCCCCACCGCUUCCUUGGUGUCACCAAGCAAGGUCUUGCGGCCAUUACCAAGACCGCCGGUAACCCUCACGGCUUCGUGAUUAUGCGUGGAGGAAACAAGGGCACAAAUUACGACCGCGAGAGCAUCCAGGGGGCCCGCGAAGCCCUUCGCGGCAAGAAGCAGCGUGAGGUUCUCAUGGUUGACUGCUCACAUGGCAACUCCAAGAAAAACCACCGUAACCAGCCUCUCGUUGCCAAGGAGGUCGCUGACCAACUCCGUGAGGGCCAGGAUGCCAUCAUUGGUGUCAUGAUUGAAUCCAACAUCAACGAGGGUAACCAGAAGGUUCCCCCUGAGGGUCCCUCCGGUCUCAAGAAGGGUGUCAGUAUCACCGAUGCCUGCAUUGACUGGGAGACCACCGUCACUGUGUUGGAGGACCUCGCCGAUGCCGUCCGUGCCAGGCGCGCCGUCAAGUCAAAAGCCAACGGUACUGCUUAAAAGAGUUCUGGAAAAAUUUCGGGCUGUUUCGUACUUUUCUAUUGACAACUUGGCAUAAUUUUGAAUUAGAUACCAGAGCCAGAUUGUUUAGAACGCUCAGCAUGACUGCUUGUAUUUAGGUGUCUGUUGAUACCGCAAAAGCUUGAACAUUGGCCCAAAAUGAAAUGAU